UUCGCUGUAAAAUCCUAUUGCUGACAGCCAAGAGGGGCGUGUUCCCUCGCGACCAGCCUGUGGUGUCGUUGGGGCUCCGGAAGAGCGCGCGCAGCGCCUUUAUCAGGGCGUGUGCGAGCGCUUUUUUGGGAGGAUACCACAGGUGGACGCCUCAGCUGAUCGUCCUCCCUCCCGGGGACCCUGCCCCGAGUCGCCUCCGUCGCCCCGCCGCCCCUAGUGUUUCGGACAUGGCCGCGCGCCUUCUCCGAGGGUCCCUACGCGUCCUGGGCGGCCACUGUGCGCCGCGCCCGCUGCCCCCCGCCCGAUGUUCUCAUUCCGGAGGGGAAGAACGUCUAGAAACUCCUUCUGCUAAAAAAUUAACAGAUAUAGGAAUUCGAAGAAUCUUUUCUCCAGAGCAUGACAUUUUCCGGAAAAGUGUAAGGAAGUUUUUCCAAGAAGAAGUGAUUCCUCAUCACUCAGAAUGGGAGAAAGCUGGAGAAGUAAGUAGGGAGGUUUGGGAAAAAGCUGGAAAACAAGGACUGCUUGGUGUCAAUAUUGCAGAGCAUCUUGGUGGAAUUGGAGGGGAUUUGUACUCCGCAGCUAUUGUCUGGGAGGAGCAAGCUUAUUCAAAUUGUUCAGGCCCAGGUUUUAGUAUUCAUUCAGGUAUUGUCAUGUCCUAUAUUACAAACCAUGGCUCAGAAGAACAGAUUAAGCACUUUAUUCCCCAGAUGACUGCAGGCAAAUGUAUUGGUGCACUGGCAAUGACAGAGCCUGGAGCUGGAAGUGACUUACAGGGAAUAAAAACAAAUGCUAAAAAGGAUGGAAGUGACUGGAUUCUCAAUGGAAGCAAGGUGUUCAUCAGUAAUGGGUCAUUAAGUGACGUUGUGAUUGUAGUUGCGGUCACAAAUCAUGAAGCUCCCUCCCCUGCCCAUGGUAUUAGCCUUUUUCUGGUGGAAAAUGGAAUGAAAGGAUUUAUCAAGGGACGAAAGCUACAUAAAAUGGGAUUAAAAGCCCAGGAUACCGCAGAACUAUUCUUUGAAGAUGUACGGUUGCCAGCUAGUGCCCUACUUGGAGAAGAGAAUAAAGGCUUCUAUUACAUAAUGAAAGAGCUUCCACAGGAAAGGCUGUUAAUUGCUGAUGUGGCAAUUUCAGCUAGUGAAUUCAUGUUUGAAGAAACCAGGAACUAUGUUAAACAAAGAAAAGCUUUUGGCAAAACAGUUGCUCACCUACAGACAGUGCAACAUAAAUUAGCAGAAUUAAAAACACAUAUAUGUGUAACCCGAGCAUUUGUGGACAACUGUCUCCAGCUGCAUGAAGCGAAACGUUUGGACUCCGCCACUGCUUGCAUGGCGAAAUAUUGGGCAUCUGAGUUACAAAAUAGUGUAGCUUAUGACUGUGUACAGCUCCAUGGAGGUUGGGGAUACAUGUGGGAGUACCCAAUUGCAAAAGCUUAUGUGGAUGCCAGAGUUCAGCCAAUCUAUGGUGGUACAAAUGAAAUAAUGAAGGAGCUGAUUGCAAGAGAGAUUGUCUUUGACAAGUAGACAUCUGCCCACAUCCUGGAAUCCUAUUACAGCUAAUCUGGUUUUAAAUCUGCUCAAGAUAAAAUGUAACUUGGAAAUCGAGGAAACACUAAACAUGUUUUUACCUGCUCUCUCUAUAGAGAAGGAAAUAAAAUAUAAAUAUAAGAUUAACACAGUGGAAGGACACAUCUUUGAAGCGAAAAUUCUAGUUUACCAAUAUAAGGUUUAACUUACAGUUUUUUGUGUAGCCAAAGGUAAAAGGUUUUCUGAAUCUAGAUGCCUAGGUGUUUCAUUUAUCUCUAAAAUUCUAAAAAGCAUAAAUUGUUCAAAUCUUCAAACCAAGGCAAAAAUAAUUGUAUGUCGUUAUAGUAUAAAAACAUUAAUAAGAUAGCACAUUGACUUUUAAAGGGAAAAGUAAAUAUAACUUAGAAUGUAAACUCGUUUCGGCUACCAUUUGCUCCAAAUUCCCUAGAACAGUGGGUUUUACCACUGUACUCCAACCCCCUGUUUUUAAGCAAUGGAACUCUUUCUUCAAACAAAAGCUUAUGCAGAACAUCUCUGUGAAACGCUGCUGAGUGAGAACUGCAUUCAUUGAAGCUGGAAGCCAUCAUACCUUACUGCCUUGAAACCCUUAGGACUCAGCUAAGUAUUUGCCUAACCCUGACCAGGGAAUGCCUUGGUUCUGUCAGUUGCUGACACCUGAGAACACAGAAUAAUCCAUCAUUCUUUAAUUUCAAGAUAUUGGUACAUUUUAUAGGUAUCAAAGCUAUGGCUUUUCUUUUGCAACAGUUAAUGUAUUUAUUAACUUGAUGAUUACUUUAUGUCUUCUAUAAACCAGGCUGUUAAUACAAUGAUGACAAACAAAACUGGCAAGAUCACUAAAAAAUAAGUGAAUAAACAAGUAGUAAAAUAAGGUAAGAAUAUGUAAAAGAGAUAAUUUCAAGCAUAAGUGCAAUGUAAAUAAUAAAGUAAGCAUUUAAAAUUCAAAA